AAUAAGAAUUACAUAAUAACUGAACAUCGAAGGAUUGCGAUGCGCCUUGUCUACUUUGGUGCGGUACUCUGGCACCAAGAUUUUUCUCUAAAUGUCUAGUUUAUGAUUGGACCAUAUUUAUUGGAAAUGAUGUUAGAGGUUAAAAAGGCAUUUAUUAGCUUCCUAAGGAUGAACAAUGAUUCAAGUCCUUCUGAUCCUUUACAAACAACAUGUUCACAUGAAAGUGUUCAUGUAAACGGACAUUAUCCUAGUCCAAUGCCUAAGAAUAGUGUUAUUCACAUGGAAGACUACAAUAAAAACAAUGACCAUGGUCCUCGCCUUAGUUUCAAGCGGUUAACUUUAUCUGAUUCGCUUGAUCUAGCUGGAAAUCGCAUUCAGUCGCAUUUGUAUUCCAAGCUUGGUCCAGAGGCGAUCGAACUUGACCUAAUGUGUGCUGAUAAAAUUUACUCUACAAAAGAAACUUCAAGUAAUUGUCAUUUAUUUUGUCCCGUUCCACUUGAUGGUGAUACCUUUUGUGAUCAUUGCAACCAGCCUAUUUGGGAAUUUGGUUGGCGUCCAGUAUGUUUAAAGUGUGCAAAAUGCCACAUGACCUGUCACUGGCUGUGCAAAACUGAGGUUACAGUUUUGUGUGAUGAAGACGCCAAGACCUCUCAUCAAGUUACUGAACCAAAUCUAUUUCCCCCAAUGAUUGUUUCGGGGAACGAUUUAGAACAACAGGUUGACAGCUCAGUCUCUAAGUUAUCAACAAGUCCGGAAAAUGAUAGCACUAAUUAUAUGUCGUCUGAAGGAACUUUAGUUAAGUCUUCCCAACUGGAUUUCCAUGUAAAUAAUCACCCAACUUCUGAAUGUGAUAUACCAUUACUUGAUACUGUUUCUUCAAAUGAAUUAGAUGGAGUGAAUAGUCCUGUUGACAAAACGAUUGAUCAUCUUGCGUUCGAAAGAGUUACUUUACAAUCAAUCUCUCCUAGUUCGAGUCAGCACACUUUCAUGACUACAAACUUCAACACACCGUUAAACGUUCCUGCUAAACUGGAUAAUGGAAUAUCAAUAAAGCAGAAGGCUGAAUGCUUAUCUCGAUCAACAUUGUCAAGGCGUGCUACUGAGUUUCACAAAUCGAAAACAUCAGUUGAUGUAAAAUUAGUCAGUAGGCAUUCAUUUCUAUGCGGAAAUAAACCAAACGUUUGCCUAGCUUAUGAUUUUUCAAGCUUAGAUAAGGAGGCAAUUCGAGAUCGAGGGAUUCUUGUGAGACAAUUAAGCCCAUCUCUUACUGAAUUACAAAACACUUCUAAACCACUUCAGAACACAAAUAUUAUCUCAGAUACCUCGAACUCCAAUCCUUUUACUCGUUCAGAUGAAAGUUCGUUUCCAGAAAAAGAAGUUUCUGAUAUUGGCCUUGCCAGUGUGAUGCAAACAACUCAGGAAUUUGUUCGCACCAAACAAAAACGAAGCUUUCAGACUCAUCUACGUUCUUCAAAUGCGCUUCCAUUAAUCCCUAUGGUGGUUGGACCGCGAGCAAUAUUGCCUUGGUCUUCUGAUCGUUUGAAACAGUUAAUUCAAAUCUUUAGUGUAAAUGAAUUCGGAUUACAAGCUGCUAGUCUAACUGGUGCUGAUUCAUGUGAUUGCGAAGGUCAAGUUCGUGUACAUAUAAACUUACUCCGCCCUAUUCAAAUGUUACUUACAGCUAGACCAGCUUCCAUUUUCGACGUAGUUGGUGCAAAAAGUGAUGAAACAGAUGAUGAUGAUGAUGAUGAUGAUGAUAAUGAAGAUGACGAUGGGGCAGAUGUUAGUGAUCGAUCUGAAGAUGAUCAGAAUCUUUGGUUGGUCCAAGGCGACAACAAUAAUAACUGCCAUCUUGUUUCGAAACAACACCCUUCUAAUACACCACAUUCCUUUGUAUCAGCCAACAUCCCAUAUUUUUCACCAAAUAAUAAAGUGCAUAAAGCUGAUGGAAAUAUUGUUGAGUCACAUCGUCGGUUAGGUAGAACAACUUCAACAUUAUCUACUUUUCGGUUACCAAGAGGAAGCACAAAAUUGUUGCAUGUUCGACUAUCGACAACUGCACAAAUGGUUAUUUGUGCACUACUUGAUCGAUUUGGUAUACGAGAUAAUCCUCAAAAGUUUGCUUUAUAUGAACACACAAUUGAAGGUGAUCAGAAAGUUUCUGUACGAAAAUUAUUUGAUAAUGAAUCACCGUUGGGGUUACUAUUCAAGUGGGUCGAUCAAGAUCCAAGUAAUUUUAACAACAUUCUGAGUGUGAAGCGAUUAGUAUUACAAGAGAAUGAAACUGGUGAUAUUGAAUGGACCACAUUUAGUUUAUCAGAAUUGUAUACAUUUUUGGGAAUAUUGAAUCGUGAAGAAAGUGAUUAUCGUAGACGUAUUGAAAUGAAAUAUGAAAUACGCAGGAAAGAAAUAAAACGUUUAAUGGAACUACAUAAUAAUAAAUUUAAAUCUUUAGAUAAAUCAUUCAAUUGUCAAUUCAAUUCUGUUACUUCGGAUGUAACCACUGUAAUUGCUGAACGAUAUGAAAAUGAAGAGAUAACUAAACAAUCAUGCGAUGAAAAUUUGGAAUUUAAUGCCUAUUCUUGUAUGGAUUCAUUGUCUGCACCGGUUUCGCCAACAUUAUUUCGUAAAACAAACAAACAGAUAGAUUUAAACGCUUACAUAGUGUUCGGUUUUAGACAAAAGGGAAAUAUUCAUCAAUCUUAUGGUUAUUGAUUUGAUGAAAAGUCGACUUUACCAGGAGUUUCAAACUCACCAGAUUCUUGUUCAUCUCCAGAGGCAACACUCAAUCGUAAUACAAUUAAACACAGUCAACUUUCUGAUGCUGUAUCCACAUUACCUCGUGUACCAUCAAAUAAAAUCUCUGGAAUAUCAAAUACUUCGAAUAAGAUUCCUUCUAUAUUCAAAUCGUUUUCUAAUUUCAAAGCUAAAAAAGCUGAACUUGCUCAACAAAAAAGAUUAGCUAAAAUGGAAAAAGCUCGUAUUAAAGCAGAACAACAACAACAACAGCGUAAAGAAAAAAUUAAAAAUCAUCCACUUUCUUCAUGGAAAUGGCGUGGAUUCGGCACACUUUCUCCGUCUAGUUCUUCAUCAAUGUCUCCUACUGGUUUGUCACCAUCAUCAUCACAUCAAUAAUGAUAUAUCAACUGCACUGCAUUGUGAUCAUAUUCUUAUUUAUUUUUGUCAAGAAAUGAGCAGAUUAAUUGAUUACAUACUAUUUUCUGUUUUCUAUAUCCUCUCUACUUCAUUACACAGUGUCUUCCAGUUCAAUUAUGUAAAUAUUUACUUGUUUUUUUAAAGUCUUUUUCAGGCACAUUUUGUUUAUUCCAUCAGACUUUUACAUUUUUAUCAAACUUUCCUAUGCUUCCUUCACUUUUUCCCUUGCUCGUUUUUUUCCCUCUGUCUAUUUUAAACUAUCUUUAUUUACUCCAUUACAAGCACCACAGAGGCCUUUUAUCAUUAAAUGGAUUCUUUUUUUCCUUAAUGCACAAUAAUAAAAUUCUAGUCUAUUUAUUUUAUCCAAUAAGUAUUUCUUUUUUUCUUUGCAGCAGCAGCAAAAACUCUGUUUUAUUACGUUACAGUUCAGGUCCAGUAUACACGAAGCGAAUUAUUUUCUAGAAUAUGAUCAAUCAUGUACAAUAGUAAUAAUGAUAAUAUAUUUGUUUAUUAUUAUUGCAUGUAUGUGCAUGUACCUUCUUUGUUUUCAAUAGCUCACAUAUUAGGAAACAUAUAGAUUGACAUUACCAAUUUACAAUUAUUUUCUUUGAAAAUCACUCCAAACAUUCAUUCAGUUUUAAAUCUUCAUUUGGACAUGUUUCAGAAUGGUUUUUUUUUAAUAAAUGAAAAACAAAAAUAAAUUCUCUUUUCAUAUAUAAUAAUAUGUACAAUUUUACAUAGAUAACCAAGUAUGAAAACUCAGCUCUUGAUUAUAUGGAAGUUAUGAAUACUUUUGAAAAGUAGUACAGUUUUAUUCUUCUUCCUCUUCAUGAUGUUGGCAAUAAAUUUACUGGAAAAUAAAUCCUGUACAUCCAAGUGGAUAUUUUCUUAUUAUUAUAAUCUAUUCUGUCAUAUUAAAUCUUCACUUUGGUUGGCAAGUAUAAGUGUACAUUAAGUUUUAUAAUCUUCAAUGAGUUUAUGACUAUAAUCCCCAGGUUAUCAACUGUUAACUAUAACUGCUUCAAUUUAGGUGGUUAUUGUGUAGUACAAUUUAUCCUUGUUGUAUUUUGGUAACUGUCGUGACCAGACAUACGAACAAAGGGAUUGCAAUAUUGGAUGUAACUUAAUUAGAUACAUCAACGACUAAUGCACAACAACAUUUCAUCGUUGUCUACCCUAUAUAAGUAAAAACAAAGACAGGACAAUACCAGAGACCUUUUAUGUCUCCAAAAAAGGUAUUAUGGUAUUUUACAAGAAAAUAAUCAAUCGGAACAGAUUUCAGAUGCGCAAAUAACAAUAGUAACUUAUUUUGGCAAUGAUAUUGAUUUGGGCUGGCGUCAAUAGUCCUCACUUUCUAAAUUGUGCUACUGCUUAAUGUAUGAACUGGUGAAUUCCUGUAUAAAGAGCGGGCAGAAUUCUCAGGAGAAAAUGAAUUCAACCUACCUCAAGACCUCUCGUCAGCUGUAAGCAACGUAAUGUCAUAAACGAUAAUAUGAUGAUAAGCAAUGCUUUGACAUACUUUGGUUAAUGAUGCUGAGUUGAAGAUUUGAUGCGUGACGGGAAAUCAUAAGAAGUAAAAGGUUCAAGAUAUAUAUUAAGUGAAGUCGAAAGGGACCGUUGAAUAUAUAAAAAAAGUAUAUUACAAUAGGUGAGGUAAGCAUUUAUUUACUAGAAAUUAUAAUAAAAAUGAGGGAUUACAUAAUGAUGGUAAGAAUAAGUGGAUGUACCAUCAAUUGACAUGAAUAAAGCGGGGAUCAAAUUAAUGAGUGAAUAUUGACGGAAAGGUUGAAGUAUGUGAAUGUAACAAGAUUAUCUGUGUGCAGUUAUACUUAUCAUGACAAAGGAAGACUGAUCGCGCUUUUCUUCUGUCGGAGUAGUUUAAUGCCAGUGGCCUUUGCAAAACGAAGUCCGGGUGAUGCUUGCUGUUUGUUAAUUAUACGGAAUGCCUUAUAUUGCCUGGUCCUGAUGAGGAACUUUAAAGUAAAAUAUCUUCAUUUGAUUCCGCAAAUGUUAAAUGCAGUAAUAUUGUUUCUCGUAAACUAUGUUAAUUUUCGGCAUGUUCAUAUUUCUGUUAAACGUUUUUUAUCUACUAGGUCAUCAUCUUAUAUGUGAUAAUAAUAGACUUUAUAUAAGCUGAAGUAUAACUCCAUUUCUUAAUCUAAAAUACAAGCUACAUUCCC